CAGGACGCAAAAGUUAUAGGCGCAUCGCUGCCGACCAAGUCCUGGCGUAUUUAGUUACUCUCAGAUACCUAGUCCUGUGGUGUUUUUUAGUCACCACCGUCGAGUGACCCUAGACCAAGGAUUCGAGCUAUCGUGAAUUUUGAACAUAAAUAUACGGUGAAUACGGUAUACGGUAUACGGUAUACGGUAUACGGAAUACGGAAUACGGUAUACGCAUCGAGUGUAUUACAGUCCAGUCAGUGGAAGGUAGUGAUAGUUGGCCCCGUUUUUUUCAUCCGUAGCUUGGAAUCGAAUAGCGACCCAAACAGUGCAGUUUUGUUGUGGUAAUUUUUUCCCUCAGGGUUCCGUCAACUCUUCCGAGAGAGACAAAACAAGUUUGUGCAAUCUGGAUUCGAUAACCAGGAUCCAGUUCCGGGAUACAAGUGUUCCACUUAAAACAUUCCAGAUGGUUUGGAAUUGAUUCUACAUUGAUACCCGCCUAGGUUACUAUAGGAAUAUUUUACGAAGCGGAUAUAUAACGCAAAGCUAAACCGAUCCGGAGAAGAGGGUGGGACGGGUUAUAGUUCCUAAGUCCCGGGAACGAAAAAAGAACCCUACAAGCACAGACACAAAAACCCCUUGGUGAUGAAUCGUCAAAGUCGUAGUCCUCGUCGUCGUUUGACAUAUCGAUAAAAUAAAAUAUAGCGUUCGCGAUUUGCUGCUACUGAGGGCCUACUCUCGCGUGACCAAUCCAGCCGGUUCCCAGAAGGAUUAUACGACGACGGCGGCCUACAUAUAGAGGAGGUAGAGGGAGGUUCUUCGAACUUCAUCGACCGAUAGACCAAUCGACCGGAAAGUAGAAUUCAGAGCUGUUUAAACGAUAUCUUUCCUUCCUCCGUGUGUCCCCUUACAUACGCAUACGCCUCGGGGAUUUGAUUGCGCUUAUAGGCAAAUCCGUGGAAGAGGGUCAAUCCUAGACCGACAGGUGUCGCAUGGCAUACAACAGAUACAAACUAUAUAAGUUGUAUUUCCACCAGAAAAUAGUUUGUUGUUGAUCACCAGGAGUGUGUUUGACCGAUGUGCUAAAGUGUGUCGCAAAGUUGCCCGUUUUUAAUUGACCUUUGGGGACUUCCAAAGGGUCCCCUCAAUAAAACCCCUUAAUACCCUUAAUGGUAGCAAAUACUACGUCAGUGAGUGAGUGAAAUCUCCGUAAACAAAGGCAGUUGUGGUCGGGUUAGUGAGUUGCAGUUUUGUUUGUUUCCUACUGUCCCCGUCAGGACACCUGUAUUCGAAAAAAACGUAUCAAUAUACUAAGCUAAAAGAAAAAAAACGCAGAAAGUGUUCCCCCCGGAGAGAGUGUGGUACGAGGUGGAAGGCGACCUGCAGACACUAUGAGUGCAAUCAAUAACAGCAGACACCAGAAAUUGGAACAGCAACGUCAACUGAUGGAAGCUUACAUAAGACAGAAGCGGGCCACCCCAGGGAUGGUGCAGGCCAGUGAUCUACAGCUGGUUCGGCCGAUGUCCGCCGUCAAUCGGAACGGCCGGGAGGUGCACGCGUAUGAUGGGCCGAUGCAGUUCAUGAUGUCCCCCAGCAAUCCGGACCAGAUCAUCAGCUCGACGACGCCGGUCUCGCCGGUUCCGGUCCUGGUGGGGAGCAAUGCAACGACAACGACAACGACGGCGACUCAUCACGGGAACAUGUCGAUAACGACGACGCCCACCUCGCCGUACAGUGAUGUGACCCUGGAAAAAUUGACCCCCUCGUCGCAGGACAGCGAAGACGAGGAAAGUACCCCGGUGGACAUUCUGCCGACGACCGAAAACAGCUUCGACCGGCACAGCCUGAGCCAUUCGGCUCCGAUUUCACCUGCCCUGAUGAACAACAACAGCAGCAGCGCCGGAAGUCAUCACGACAGUGGCGCUCUCAAAGGGAGUGGAGGCGGGGGAGGAGGGACGGAACAUUCAUCGCCCCAGGCCAGCGGACACCAUGUGGAUGCCGAGGGAGACGUCACCGAGCCGAUGGAACAGUGGGUUACGAGACCGGCACCCCAGGGUGUCCUUUACAAGUGCCGCAUCACCCGGGAUCGGAAGGGGAUGGACCGGGGGUUGUUUCCGAUUUACUACCUUCAUCUGGAGCGAGACUAUGGGAAAAAAAUAUUCUGCUUAGCCGGACGAAAACGGAAGAAAAGCAAAACCUCCAACUACAUCAUCAGCUGUGAUCCGACGGAUUUGUCCAGGACGGCGGACGGCUUUGUGGGGAAGCUGCGAUCGAAUGUGUUCGGGACGACGUUCUUCGUUUACGACGGGGGUAAGAAGGAGGACCCGGCGAAUCCGCGGCUGGAUCUGGCCGUUGUUAUCUAUGACACCAACAUCCUCGGCUUCAAGGGACCCCGAAACAUGACGGUGCUUCUCCCCGGGAUGACCGAAGACGACCAGCGGGUGAAAAUCAGUUCCGCCGAUAACCAGAGCCAGGGACUGCUCGAUAGUUGGAAGUCGAAGCACAUGGACAACGUGGUGGAGCUGCACAACAAGACGCCCAUCUGGAACGACGAGACGCAAUCGUACGUGCUCAACUUUCACGGCCGGGUCACGCAGGCUUCGGUCAAGAACUUCCAGCUGGUGCACGAUUCCGAUCCCGAUUACAUCGUGAUGCAGUUUGGCCGGACGUCCGACGACAUCUUCACCAUGGACUUCCGGUAUCCGUUGUGUGCGUUCCAGGCGUUUGCCAUUGCCCUGAGCAGUUUCGAUGGGAAGCUGGCAUGCGAGUAAGGCGGUUGUCCGAUCGGUGUAAAUUAGUCAGUAUUCGGAUCUUUUUUUUUGUCGGGAAAAAAAGUUCAACAUAUUAGGGAAACUAGGCAAAAAUGAGUAACAAAAACAACACCACCACGACAAGUAGUGAGAAUGGCAGGAGUAGAGAAACAAAUUAUUUUUUAGAAGAAAAAAACUGUAUCAGGUACAAGGAUAAGAGCGAAGCCAUGGAAUCAAACGAGUUGAAUGGAGACCUAACGAAAAUUAACUACCGUCAACGUUAAAAUUCAUUAGAAUAACAAAACGAGUAAGAUUUCUGAACGAAACAAAAACAAACUUAGAUAAGCAUUCUUGAAAAUAAGGAAAUCGUUGUACGAUUGCUGUACGUCUGAAAAUAAGGCGUAUGAAACUGAAACAUAACAGCAAAGCAAAACAAAAAAUUAAGGAAACUUGCUGUACAAGAGCUUUGAGUGCGUAGCUUAGGAUUUAAGGUUCAACAAACAUACCAGAUAAGUUAAUUUAAGUAAAUUAUUUAUUUUUUUAGAGUAAAGAUUGAAAAAAAAAUCAUUAAAAAAACAAAAGCAGUGAAGGGAAAACAAGCCUAAAGAUUUCUAGAUCUUAUUUUGAUAAUCGCAUGGAACUUCAAAUUGGUUUGCCCUUUCAUCAAACAUGAGCCUGUUUUCAAAACUUUUUUCGAAAUCAUCUCACUGAAUCUCGUAUUUUUUUACCGUGUUUCUGAUGGAUUCAGUAAUUUUCAAUAGAUUUCAGUACUACACAAUUUUCCUCUAAAACAUUGAAGUAUAAUGAUCAUACUGUGAAAUCAAAUGAAAUAUCUGAACGGAAGUUUGAUAUUGGUACUGACUUGUAAUACGUCUUGAAUCUUUUUUUUGGCAAAUGGCUCAUCCGAUUCUUAUUUUAUCAGACCCACUUAUUUUACGUUUUAUCUUUUAACCCUCAUCCGCAUCAGAUUUCAUUACCCUAAUCAGCACUAGGAGUGUCAAUUCGACACUACAAGCUAAAAUCGUUAUAACUUUUGGCAUGUUGAACCGAUCUAAACAAAACUUAUAUCAAUAGAAACCUUGUAAUGUCAGUAAAAUAUUUUUAGAACAUUAUAUACAGCUAAAGCUUCUAGUUUUCUCGUUAUUCAGCAGGAAAGAAAGAAAAAUCCGAAAAAAAAACAUGCCUCAGGAAAACUGCUGUUGUUCAUAUAUUGCCCGUCCAAAAAAAUAUUUGCCUUAUGCAUAUGAAAGCUGAAGUUAAUGUCUACAUCAUGAAGCCAAGAAAUAUUUUAAAUUUUUUGUAAUGAAAUGGUCGCAAAAAGUUCAAAAAAGUGGUCUGAAAAACCUACUUUUCAUUCGAUUGCUUGUAAAUACUGUUUGAGCGAUGGUAGAGUUUUUGAAAAAAUAUGACUACAAAAUCUAUUAAAAUUCCAACACUUUGCUGUUUUUAGAUUUUCCAUGCAACAAAAAAUGAAUUUACUGGAUUUUUUCAAAGUUCACUACUUUGCGCGAUUUUUUUACAAAUUGAAAUUUCAUCUGUUUUUGUGGUCCACCGUCAGGUUGUACCCGGAUUUUCAGUGCUUUUACUUUGUUUGGACCAAUCAAAAGUAUAUUCAUUGGAAAGCACAUUUAAUCUACAUUCUAGUGAGAUGCAACAAUUCACGCUGUGAGAUUUCACAAAAAUAUGAAAAUUAUAAACGUAAAAUCAUUCCUGAAUUUCUAGAACCACUAGCAGCGCGUCCAGCAAAACGUGUUUGUUUGCUCUCCGAGUAGGUACGGUGGGUGGUGAUUUGGGCAGAGAGCGAAGCCGACAGACGAAAUAAUUCUUGAUGAUGUAGACAUUAACUUCAUAUGCAUAAGACAAAUAUUUUUUUUGGACGUGUAAUAUAUAAACUACAGCAGUUUUCCUGAGGCAUGUUUUUUCGGAUUUUUUUUCUUUCAUGCUGAAUAACGAGCUUUAGCUAUAUAUAAUGUUCUAAACAUGUUUUACUGACAUUACAAGGUUUCUAUUGAUAUAAGUUUCAUAUGAAAUUCAUAAUAAUUCAAACGACUUAGAUAAAUUUUACUUUUGGAGUGUCAAAUUGACACUUUAAGUCGGAAAAUGGAGUUUUUUUAUCCAGGCUUCCAGGGUUCGUUCAUAAAAAAGUAAAGAUACAAUAUUAAAGAACUUUCGAAUGCUUUUAGGGUCCCUAAAGAAAUUUUUGUAUUUUGAAGCUUCUGAAAAUAGUUACAAGCCUUCAAACUUGCAAUAAAAAAUGACACCCUAAUGCGGAUGAGGGUUAAACAUUUAAUUUGUAUAGGAAUUUUGACUUUUAAUUUGUUGUUCUCUGUAUUCAAAUCAUGUUGUAAAAUACAAGCUCUCCCUUCUGUUUGACAAAUUUAAAACAGAAAUAUGAUUUUUCAAUAUCAGCGUCGAAAUUUAAAUUAUGUUUCAUGACUUGAUAUUUUUUGAAAAUCUUAUCUAAGCUCAUAAAUUUUUUCAUAUGCUCAAGUUUUCCUCAGUAUGUUCUUCAAAUGGAAGAUUCUAGAUGAAUAUUGAAAAGCUCAGAAAUAGAAUUUUUGUUAUGUACCUACUUGAAUCCUUAUUUUUCUAAAUUUUGAGUACACUCGUUAGUCUGAGAAUUUAAUCAAGAAUUCCCUAUUUUAAUUGGAUUUUUUGCAGUUAUGAUGUAUUUUCUCUUUAUUAUUAACUUGUAAUUCAUGUUUAAGGAACAUUCAGUCUCAACCUUUUACUAUUCCCAUUCCUCAAAACACGAAGAAACAAACAAAGACUUCCAACGUUUAAUUUUUAGCUUACUCAAAGAUCUUUCGUCAUGUUAAGCUUUUUGAUUUCUUAAAGAAUUAUUCUUAAUUUCUUAAAUUUUCAUUUUUGCACAGAAAUUGGGAAAGUUUUUUUUAUCUAGGAAAUUCUGAGAGAAAUUUUUUGUAAUACAUAACUCUACUAGAGUAUCCUCAAACGUUUAUAUUUAUGUAUCUCAGAAAAAGACUAUCUAGAUUCCCACAAAAAAAAAUGUUCCUAAUAAUUAACAAUUUCGAAGAUUCGGUUUUGAUGCUUAGCACAAAUUUCAAAGCUCUUAAGCAGCUAAUAAACAUUGAGUAUUUUGAUGAUUUCGAAUCUAAAGAAUCAGAAAUUUGAUUGGCUCAGUCCUAGAAGUCUUAAGUUUAAAGUCGAACUUAUAAUUUACAAGAUAUAUUUUAGUUGAACACAAAUUUCAACGGAUUCCCGCGGUUUUUGUAAAUUUUUUGGUUUUAAUCAAGAAACCUUGCUUGCUUCUAUAAACCAUUUUAAUCAUUUAAAUGAUUGAAAAUCAUUCAAAAAUGAUUCAAAAAAUCAGAACAAUAUUUACUGUGAUGAAACUUGUAAUUGCCCUCAGUUAAUGAAGAGAAAUUGAUUUAAUAAAACAGUUUGUAGCGCAUCGAAACUCGACAUUACACUAUAACAGUCUGUGAUCAUUUGAUUUUUUUUUGUAAAUUUGUUGAAAUUUGCUCCAAUUUUCCGAAUGUCUGCAACAUUUUUAGAUAUUUUAUGAUUUUUCAGUUGCUAAGAAGAAAAACUUAAUUUUGAAGAUCUCGGAGGCUUUAAAUUUCUAUGUAUAGGUUAAAGUUGCCAGAUUGCCCGGUUUUAUCCGGGUUUGCCGCGAUAUUUAAUAAAAAAAUUGGGAAAAGUCAGGUCCGGCCCAGUUGCCCAGAUUUCAUUGAAAACUGCCCGAAUUUUGCCCGGAUUUAUUCACUUUGUUUGCCAUAUCGUAUGAAAAAAAUCAAUUGUGUUGUACAUAAUUUUUUUUUAGUUUAUGCGUCCAAAUCGAAAUUCUCUGAGAAAUUUUUAUAAAAAUAAUUUUGAAAGAUUUCUUGGAAGCCUAAAAUAUGAUAUUAAAUAAACUGAUGAGUUUUAAUGAAAAAAUAGAAUUAUUUAUUUUUUUUUCUUGAUUUUUGUUUUGAGACAAAUGCUCGGAUUUGUCAGGUUUUCAGAUAAAAUUGUCAGAAUUUUUCCGACUCGUAUUAUACGCUUAAAAAAAUCUGUCAACCUUAGUCUAGGUACUCAUUUAAUAUUUUAAAAUUUUGGGUUAUAUAAAAUAGUUGAAUUCUUUAAAUCUAAUGUAGUGAAAAGUUUGAAUAUUUAAACUUUUAAAUCAUUCUGAGUUCUAUUGAACUGAACUUCACAAAUUAUAUUCAAUUGAAUUUCCGUGAUCCGACUUAAGUAUUGAAAUGCUUCAAAAACCUAUUUCUCGCGUGAGCUUCCAUUACGUCCUAUGAAACAUCUUGAAAAUUCAAAGAAAAUUGCUUCAAAAGUUAUCAAAACAACUUGAAAAUUUGUUCUAAAUUUUAUAUGAUAGACCCAAAAACGUGAACAAAGGAUCUCGGGGAACCGUUUAAUGUGCUUUACAAUGAUUGUUGGCUAGUUUUUAAUUUUUUGUUUUGCUUGGUUCCUCACUGAUAUCCAAUAAAAUAAUCACCUAAUCGUUUCCACUUGUUAGCAAAUUGCCCGAAAUAUACUUAAUGAACGUUUUUCAGAGAAAUUGAGCAUUCAUUUAAGGGAAAACCAAUAUUUUAGUUGAAUUUUGCUUUCGCCGCAUAUAAAAACCUCUAAUGUUUGCCCAACAGACCUCUUGUAUGUGUGUGUAGAAAAAGCCCUAUAUGUUGUCCAGGCUAUAAUGAUUCAAAAUGGGAAGAAAUUGCGACUAGUUUAUGUCAGUUUUGUAAUUUUUCGUAAUAAAACUGUUUGUUUACAUUUUGUUUCAUACGACGUAAUGAAAGCUCACGCGAGAUUUUUAUUUUUUAAGUUCUAAAAGGAAAUAUAAGUGAAAAAAUCAGCUAAAAGGCUAUGUUAAAUUAUUUUACACAAUUUUUCAAAUCGAACCCGCUUGAUAAUUUACGGCUAUUCCAAAAAUUUGAGUGAUGAUAAGUCAAUCAGUAAAAAAAUUCUCACAGAAAAUAAAAAUUAGAAUGCUCUCGAUAGAUCAGAGAUCUUUGAGAAUAACUGAAGAAAAAAUGAAGACUCGAAAUUCCCAAAUCCAGAAUGUUUUAAAAAUAAAGAAAAUUUCAGCAGUAAUUUUUGUUGGAACUCAGAGCAGUUCAAAAAGCGUGUUAAUUUCAAAAGACUCAUACGAAUUAGAACUGAAAAAAUUGAAUUGAAUUUAAUUCAGAAUUAAAAAAAAAUAAUCUGAAAAGCUUGUCAUCAAAAAUAAAAACUUACAUAAUACUUAAACUUAAAAGGAUUUAACAUAUUGCGGAUCAUAUACGAGAAUUUUCGUUUUUUUUGCUUGUCUCGAAUGUGUAACUCUUAGAAGAAUAUCUCAAAUAUUACAAAUUUAAUAAUGAACCUCUAUUUUACAAAAUUUAUCACAAAACUUUUGGAAACUGAAAAAUACUAAAUGUAAAACCUGUUUCGUUGAGUUUUGAGAUAUGGUAUAAACUGCCAAAUUCCGGGGUAUCUCGCUUAAAAAUUGUUUCCGGUCUUUGAUGUUAUAAUGACAAAUAGACAAAUAGUAAUGGAGAUUUAUUUUCAAUAUUUCCUCUGUAUUGGGAAUGGAAAUGCAAUGUAGAAAAAGAUCAUUCCAUCUAGAAGAGAAAAACGUGUUAAAAUGAAAUAGUUAAGCAUUUAAGAAACGUGAAAAGAUCUAAUCUUCUGAAGAUAUUUAUUUCAGAACAUAAAAAUUAAUUUGGGAGAGUUAGAGUAAUGACAGCUUUCAAAAAUCCUGCCAUACAAAAAUUCUUCAAAAAUUCAAAGGUAUUUCAAAUAGAGGAAACAAACAAAUUCUGUUUAUUUUUAUGAUUAUAAACUUCAGAAAAAGUUCAUAAAAAAUAUCAACACUUCAAUAAAAAUUUUGAAGAAAAAUUGAAGUUUAUACAAAACAAAAUUAUUUGGAGAAAGCAAACGAUUUUGAAAGCAAAAUUAGAUUAUUGCAAAAUACACUGAAAAACUAAAAGGUUUUUCAAACUUUAAUUCAGUUUGCAAUAUUUAACUUUUUUUAUCAGUUCUGAAGUUCUUCGCAAACGAGAGUAAAUAGUAAGUUUCACAUAUCAUUUCAAUAUGAAGGUCCAAAAAAAUUCUUAAGAGAAGAAUAAUUCAAAUCCUACUAUAAUCUCUAGGUUUUUAUCUGCAUGGAGUAAGAAAGUGUGCAAAAUAGAUUACGGACUUUUAAUUCAUUUUUCAUCCUUUUAGAUUAAGGUUGCCAGAUUGCCCGUUUUUAUCCGGGUUUGCCUGGAUAGUUCAUAUAAGUUUAAGAAAAAUCCAGUCCGGCCCGGUUAAUCCCAUUUUAUCAUUUUAUCAAAUAAUAAUAAAAAACAAAUUGUGUUAGGUAUAAUUUUUUUUAUUUAUGUGUCCAAAACGAAUUUUUGAGUAAGUUUCUUGAAAAGAAUCAUGAAAGAUUUUUGGAAGCCCAAAAUACAAUUUAAAAUCUGUUGAUAAAAUUUGACGAAAAAUAUAUUUUUUCAAAUUUUUUUUCUUCAUUUUUUAUGAGUAAUUUCUAGAUUUUGACCAAAUUUGCCAGGAUUUUGGUCGACCAUUUUGAAAUCAAAUGCCGGGAUUUUGGCAGCUGUUCAAAUAAAAUAGCCUGGACAUGUCUGGCCGGGUACGUGCUGAAAAAAUUGUGACAACCUUAUUUUAGAUGAUUCAUACCUGCUUUUAGUUAAUUUUUGAAAAUUUUGCUCAAACAAGUCAGUGCUCAAGUGAAUAUUUUAAGCAGUUUUAUCGAUUUUUCUUAUUCUAUAAAAAAUCGCAAAUGAACUGCAGAAAAAUGCUCUAUUUCAAACAUCUCUAAAUUUUAUUUUGCCUUUCAGAAUUCCUGUCCAUGUUUCUAUUUUUAUAAUUUGACUAAAAAAAAAAAUUUUCUGUAGAGAAAUGAAUCCAACUGUGUAAAUUGAAAUUUCAGGGACUAGACAAGGGAAGUCUAGUGUCUAGUCCCUGAAAUUUCAACUUACCCAGAUGGAUUCAUUUCUCUACAAAAAAGUUUCGCUGACUGAAUGUUUGAGUCAAGACCCAUCUCUGGGUCGCAGUUUAAAAACUAAAUUCUGUUCAAAUGAUUUAAAUUAAUCCCGAUUGUAUUUGGAACUUCAUGACAAAUUAAUUUUUUAAAGCACAUUUGUUGAUUUGUUUUGAUGAAAAAAUAAAGAAGUACGAAAGUUUCAGGAUCUACAAAUAUUAUAAAAGUACAAAUUCGCCCAAAUUUUUUUCGAUUACUCAUAAUAAAUUUUAUUUUUAAAGUAAGAACCCUACCCUUUUCUUGGACUCUUGUUCUGUAUCUUUAAUUGGUGAACCUUUGAAAAACUAUAUCGUAUUUCUUUCCUCCUUUACUAGUCCUACCAUAACAAAUUAUUCCUUAAGUUUUAUGGAUCACUUCAUCAGUAUUAUCGCUCAUGGUCUCGAAAAAGAAAUCGAACAGAAAUCUCUUAACUGUUAAAGUUCUCUAUGACAUUGUUAACAGCCCUAAAAGUUAGCUCACUCUACUCAAAAUCGAAUCAGGCCUAAGCAUGGAAGAGCAAUAUUUUGAACGAAACCGUUUUCGAAUGAACUCAUUUCCCUUAAGAAAUUUCCCUAGGUAAAAUCUGCAACAACUUAUUAAGGCAAAAUCACACUGCGAUUGAUUGAGAUCUAAACUCGAAAUAAAUAGUGUAAAAACAAAAGAAACAGAAUAGCGAUGCAAACUUCAUCCAAAAACCUAGCUUAUAACAGUCCUAGAACGCAAAUCAAAAUGAACAAACAAACAUACAAACUAAACGAGUAAGUUAAAGUGUAGGUGUAUGAGAACGGUUGUGUCAUAAUUUAAAGUUAGAAAAAAAAAGAGGUAAGAAUCAAACUUUUGCAAAAAUCAAAAAAACAUUUAGGCAGUUAAGUUUUGUAACUGGAAGUUGUAGCCGGUAAGUAAAGCUGAGGAAGCUAAAAUCAAAUGUGUGUCGAUUAGUUGCGAAAGGAAUUGUCUGUAGUUAUAGGGUAUGUACUAUUCUAAAAUUGUAUAGCGAAAUAAAACACCUACCAGAAAGAGGCAAAUCAAACUAAACUCAAGAGAAGGAUAUUAAACAAAACAAAACGGUAGUUUUUAGGCGCAGAAAUUUCCUGAUUUUGUUUAUUAGACAUCGAAUACGCUUGGGGAGUGCCGUGAUGCGGAUGACGACGUAGGAGAAGGCUUUGUUGGAUUUUUUUUCACUCGAAUCGAACCGAGAAUCCGGAGGCCGGAAUGGCCAUUUUGUUUUCUUUUUUUUUAAAGCUCGAAUAAGAGAGUGAUCGUGUGAGUGUGGGUUAGUAGGAUAU